AUGACCAACCUCUGCCGCCAGCACGCGCCGGGGCAGUCCCCGUACCAUCUCCUCUGGGGCCCCCAGGGCUCCGUUCUCCAGGCAAUCCGAGCCCGCCCCCAUGGCCGCCUCACAAGGGCGACGGCCUCUGACGGCCUCCGGCGCCUGCGCCAAGCUUUCCAGCUGCCGGAGCCACCGAGCCGCCGUCGCAAGACCCUGGCUGCCGCCGUCGCUGCCGCCAUCGCCAGCACCACCACGCCCGACCCUGAGGUCCCCCGCGGGGCUUCUAUGGCGGUCCCAGCUUUGGGUGAAGUCUCUCCCCCUCUCCCAUUGUCCCCGAGGCCCGCCGCCGAGAAGAAGGAGAAGCCAGCCGCCGCCGCCCGUCGUCAGACCCCCUCCCCCCCUCCCAUGCCCGAGGACGGCAACGAGUCCGAUGACAGCGCCACCGGCAUUGUCAUGCAGCUCUUCUCGCGGCCCAACCUCCCCCUGGCGCCAUCAUCGCGCAAGUUCAAGGCCAUCAGGGCCGAGGGGCUGGCCGCCCACACAAAUGAAGAGAAGAAGCGCAAAGCCGCUAAAACCCGCCAGUUAAAUAAGGAGAAGAAGGAAGCCGCCAUGCUGGCUAAGAAGAAGGGGGAAGAAGAAGAAGAAGAAGAAGAAGAAGAAGAAGAAGAAGAAGAAGAAGAAGAAGAAGACGAAGAAAAAAGCCUGGAUCUUGAGACCAAGAAAGAGAUCGCCGAUGACAUUGCCACAGCGGCCGCAAGGGCUGCAUCUAGGGUGGCCAAGAGGAAAUGGGGCCAUCUGCUUCAACCAACGCGCCGAGGGGUCGUGACCCGGCGGGUCAAGGCCAAGGCUAAUGAGGCCGUGAUGAAGACCAUUUAAUAUUUUUAAAUGUGUUCUUCUGGCUGUUCUUUCUCUGUUCUGGGGCUUUUCUUUUCUUGAAGGAUGUUGAAGUUUGUGCUGGGGUGGUGGUUUUUUUUUUUUUUUGAGGC